AUCUGUGCGCGCCGGCGAAGCCUGCCGCACUGAGCUACGAUGAGCUUAUUACGAAGCUCACAACACACUUGUGCCCAAAACUAUCAGAAAUCGGUGAACGAUUUCGUUUUUACAAACGAGGACAGCAUGUUGGGGAAAGUGUUGCUGCAUACAUUGCUGAACUACGUAGAUUAGCAAUACAUUGUAAUUUUGGCACUACACUUACUACAACGCUUAGAGACAUUUUCGUCUGUGGGUUACGCCAAGAGAACAUACAGAAACUUUUGUUGGCUGUUCAUGAUCUUACAUUAGAUGAUGCGAUUAAAAUUGCGGUUGCUAUGGAAACAGCAGGACGUGAUGCUACCGAGUUGCAGCAAACGCGAGCACAGAAGAGUGAAGGUAAUGUGAAUAAACUUUUUACCAAAACAAAUAAACAAAUAAAGAAAUUUCAAGGACAGAAACAGACUAAGUCAGCCUGUUGUUACAGAUGCGUUAGUACAUCGCAUAAGGCGGACCGCUGUCACCAUGCUAAGACAGUAUGUAAUUACUGUGCAAAAGAAGGACAUCUUGAAAAAGUGUGUAUGAAAAAGAAGAGAGAAAUGUCAUCUAAAUCUGCCACUACUACUAACAAGAAAAAGUACAAUAUGUCCAAGAGGAAGAUGAUUAUGAACCAAUGUUCCACGUUAAUCACAAGACAAAGGGUAGUCCGAUUAUAGUGAAUGCUACCGUAAAUGGAAAGUUAAUCCCGAUGGAGCUGGAUACAGGCUCAUCAGUUUCUCUCAUACCAGAAACGACCUACAAGAAAAUAUUUAACUCUAUGCCACCAUUACAACAAACCACGAUUCGUUUGAAAACGUAUUCUGGUGAGAAGAUCAUACCCCUUGGCAUGCUGACUGUACCGGUGUGUGUUAACAACCAUAAAGGAAAUGCCGAAUUGCUGGUUGUGCCACAAGAUGGCCCUGCAUUGUUUGGCCGAGAUUGGCUAAAGAAUUUCCCAUUGAACUGGCAAGAAAUUAAGGUCCUACAAGAGACAAAGACCAGUGGUCUGGAUGAAAUUCUGGACAAACACAAAUCCAUUUUUAAGGAUGAAUUAGGCAAACUGGAAAAGCUAAAGGCUAGUAUUUACAUCACCGAAAAUUGUCAACCAAAAUUUCACAAGCCAAGGAAUGUCCCAUAUGCAAUGAGAGACAAGGUGGAGAAAGAGCUAGACCGACUACAGAAGGAGGGAAUUAUAAGCUCUGUGAAACACAGUGAUUGGGCAUCACCAAUUGUACCAGUACAGAAGAAAUCUGGUCAAGUGCGAAUUUGCGGUGAUUAUAAGGCCACAAUUAAUCCUGUUAUGAAAGUGGAACAGUACCCCUUACCAAGAAUUGAGGACAUUUUUGCAUCCCUGUCGGGUGGUCAGAAAUUUACAAAGAUCCACCUCAAACAGGCAUAUCUACAGAUGGAAGUAGAUGAUGCGUCCAAGGAGCUUCUAACUAUUAACACUCAUAAAGGGUUAUUUAGGUAUAACCGCCUACCAUUUGGGGUGGCAUCGGCCCCCGCCAUUUGGCAAAGAGCAAUGGACCAGGUACUACAGAACAUUCCGUUCACAUCAUGCAUCCUCGAUGACAUGAUCAUCAGCGGUAGGUCAACCGAGGAACACUUAAACAACUUGGACACAGUCCUAGAGAGGUUGAAUACAUACAACCUGAGAGUGAACCGUGAGAAAUGCGAAUUCUUCGAAGAUAGCGUUACCUAUUGUGGGCACAUCAUAAAUUUAGAGGGUUUGCAGAAAUCACCAGACAAGAUUAGUGCUGUUCUUAAUGCCCCCAAACCAGAAAAUACGCAGCAACUUCGUUAAUUUUUGGGUCUCAUUAACUAUUAUCGACGGUUUCUUCCGAACUUAUCUUCAGUUGUGGCACCCAUGAAUGAACUACUACAAGGAGAGAAAGUCUGGAAAUGGACAAAAGCAUGUGAUGAAGCCUUCAGUACAGUGAAAGAACUUGUAACUUCAGACCAAGUUUUGUGCCACUACAACCCUGAACUGCCAGUGAAGCUUGCUUGUGAUGCAUCCCCAUACGAAUUAGGAAGUGCACUUUCCCAUGUCAUGCUUGACGGUACGGAACGACCAAUUGCAUUCGCUUCACGAUCCUUAACGAAAGCUGAGAAAGAUACGCUCAGAUUGACAAGGAAGCACUGGGUCUGUAUUGGGGAAUGCAGAAAUUUCACAGUUACCUACAUGGUCGUCGUUUCACUUUGAUCACCGACCACAAACCUCUGGUCAGUAUACUUCACCCCCAUAAAUCUAUACCUGCGAUGACUGCUGCUAGACAACAGAGAUAUGCACUUUACCUUUCGGGUCAUACUUACGACAUUGAGUAUCGCAAUACACACGCCCAUGGAAACGCUGACUGUCUUAGUAGAUUACCUAUGCCUACAGCUAAAGUUGAUUACAUUGACGAAGCGUCAUUAUUCUAUACAUUGCAGAUUGAGCGAUUACCCAUAUCGAGCACCCAGAUACGGAAGGAGACACAACGUGAUCCAGUAUUGUCACAUGUGUUGAAAGGAACUAACAAGCUUCCAAACGACGAGAUUUUCAAGCUUUUUCAUAGCCGUCUUACUGAGCUCACCUGUCACCAAGGCUGCAUCAUGUGAGGAAAUCGCGUACUCAUUCCAGAAAAACUUCGUACCGCCAUACUCGACGAGUUACACAAUGGGAAUAUUGGUAUCGUUAAGAUGAAGAGUUUAGCGCGCUCCUACGUAUGGUGGCCUAACGUUGACAUCGAAAUCGAACACGGUUGUAAGGCAUGCAUUAGUUGUCAGCAAACCAGUAAAAUGCCGAAAGCUGCUCCAGUACAUCCUUGGGAGUGGACAUCUACCCCAUGGGAUCGCUUACAUGUAGAUUUUGCUGGACCAUUCAUGAACUGUAUGUUCUUGAUCGUCGUCGACGCCCAUUCAAAAUGGCCGGAAGUCUUUCCGAUGAAGUCAACGACAGCAUUGCGGACGAUUGAAAAGCUACGUAUUCUUUUCAGUCAAUGCGGAAUUCCACGACAAUUAGUCACCGACAAUGAAUCGCAGUUUACCUCUGAGGAAUUCCAA